AUAAUCUUUAGAGUUAAAGAUAUAUAAGGAAAGUGUGAAGAGAAACAGUUUUUAGGUUUCAUUGGGGAGCUACAGUAGACUUACCAUGCCUUGGCCAAAGGGCAUUUUACUUUUCAUGAUGGCUGUGAUGUCAUUCGGUUCUUUAAUUGCUGGUCCAGAGGCCUUUUCUGAUUCUGGUGCAAAUCGAGCAGUCUCUGGAGACACAAUCCAUUUUGGCAAACUUUUAAUUGGUGGUCAAAGUGUUGAACCUAAUAAUAAAAAAGACAAAUCCAGACCUGCUUCAGCUGAACAAACAAUUGAGGAUGAACGGUUCCGGCUGGCAAGAGCUAAACUGCAACGACUGGGUCCUUCUCUACAGUGUGGGAAUGAUUCAAUGACCUUAAAUAUUAAAGGACACAGAACACCACACUUUCUGGUUGAGAGAGGAGAGGGUUCACCAGUGUCUUUGUCUGAGAUGCCAGCCAGCUGUGGGUUCUCACUGAAGCGGGUACGCAGGGAUGUUUCUCUUGUUGCUCCAUACACUGGUUGUAACGUCAGACAACAGGGUGGUAGUUAUGUUCUGCCACUCAUUAUAAUGGGGGCUCCAGUGCAAAUGUCCUGCCCUGUGAGUCCUCGCCUUCCUGUGGUGUCCUGCACCUCCAUGUGCUCAUUUACUCUGGAUAAUGUUGGUGGCUCAAUGGUUUUGACAGCACCGUUUACAGGAAGCUGUUGGGAUAGUCAGGACACUGACUGGAACUUGACUUUGCUGUUGGGAGACCGAGAAGUGGUUCUUUCCUGUCCGAAGGCAACAGACUCCACACCGACUGUUCCCCCAACACCAUUUCCUCUAGGGUAUCCAUAUUUCCCAUUUGGAUACCCCUGGUGGUACCCUUGGAACCAGGCUCCUCCUGUUGCACCCCCCACAACUCCUGCUCCAGUUCAAGCCCCUGUUUACAGUCCAUUUCCAAUGUAUUACCCUUAUUACUUUGGAGGUUUCCCUCACCGACGAAGGCACCAUCAUCGGCACCAUCAUCGGCACUGGUACCCUGAGUCUCAAGAGUCCUGGUACCCUGAGUCUCAAGAGUCCUGGUACCCAAUGUUGCCUCCUAAUGAAUUUGCACCAUUCCAACCACCACCCACCCCAGCUGCCCCCCAGAUUCCACAGUAUCCAGUUUUUCCAAUGCCAUUUAACCCAGUGAACACUGGUUUUAAAAACCCCUUCCGGCCUCCGGUACCUCAGUCAGUCUCUAAUCCUCAAAGUCUUAAUUCUCCUUGGAACAUCUGGGCUCGCAAACAGAAGAGAUGAACAAAGAGGUCCUCUGCUGUGAGAUUUAACUGUGGUAAGAGUCAUGCUAGCCUAAUAAAGACUUUUAAAACAA